AUGGUAGAGGUUUAUAAGUUAUGGACUUUGAUAGUUUCACUCAUAGUGUUGAAGCUAUGUCAUUGGAUCUAUCAAUGGAGCAAUCCAAAAUGUAAUGGAAAGCUUCCUCCUGGCUCCAUGGGUUUUCCGAUCAUCGGAGAAACUUUUGAGUACAUGAAGCCUCAUGACGCUAUUCAGUUCUCAACAUUCCUCAAGGAGAGAACCCUUAGACAUGGACCACUUUUUCGGACAAGCUUAUUUGGAGGCAAAGUUAUAAUCUCGAUGGAUAAUGAGUUGAAUAUGGAGAUAGCAAAGACAAAUUAUGUUCCUGGUCUGACAAAGAGCAUAACCCGUCUAUUUGGAAAUAACAACUUGUUUUUACAGAACAAGGAGGCUCAUAAACAUGCCCGAAACUUGACAUUUCAGUUGUUGGGUUCACAAGGUUUAAAAUUGAGGAUACUAGAAGACAUUGAUCACUUGGCUCGCAAAUACAUGGAGGAAGGGGCUAGAAACGGCUACCUUGACGUCAAGGAAACAGCGAGCACGAUCUUAAUUGAAUGCCUUUCGAAAAAAGUUAUGGGUGAGAUGGAACAAGAGGCGGCGAGAGAACUCGCACACUGUUGGAGAUUUUUUCCGAGUGGCUGGUUUAGAUUUCCCUUCAACAUUCCUGGAACAGGCGUCUACAAAAUGGUGCAGGCAAGAAAGAGGAUGAUGAAGUUACUAAAGGAGACAGUGUUGAAGAAGAUAGAAUCUGGAGAGGAGUUUGGAGAGUUCUUCAAGAUCAUAUUUGGAGAAAUGGAAGGAGGAAAAGAAAAAAUGAGCAUAGAGAAUGCGAUCGAGUACAUAUAUACCUUCUUUCUAGUUGCUAACGAAACAACGCCACGAAUCGUUGCGACUAUAGUAAAAAUCAUAAGCGAAAACCCUAAAGUCAUGGAGGAGUUGCGUAGAGAGCAUGCGGAAAUUGUAGGGCUUAAGACUGAGAAGGAGGCCGGCCUAACAUGGGAAGAUUACAAAUCCAUGACUUUCACUCAGAUGGUGAUCAAUGAAUCUCUUAGGAUCACAACCACGGUGCCAACGGUACUUAGAAUACCCGAACAUGAUAUCAAAGCGGGUGAUUAUACGAUUCCAGCUGGUUGGACCUUCAUGGGCUAUCCUAGUGUCCAUUACAAUCCCGAAAAAUACGAUGAUCCUUUUGUAUUUAAUCCAUGGCGUUGGACGGGAAAAGACUUGGGAGCGAUAGUCUCCAAGAAUUACAUUCCCUUUGGUGCUGGUCCAAGACUAUGUGUAGGAGCUGACUUCGCUAAGCUGUUGAUGACCAUUUUUAUCCAUCAUUUGUCUAGAUACAGGUGGUCUAUGAAGGCAGAGACCACAGUAAUUCGAAGGUAUAUGCUUACGUUUCCACAUGGAUGUGAUGUUCAAAUCUCUGAAGACACCAAAGUGGAAGAUAACUCGUUAGCUGGUUAUUAG